UACAGACUCUAAAUGGCUGCGAGGAAGUCUGAUACCCACAACAAUGGUGAGUGUGUCUGUCUUUCAGCCACUUCCUCUUUUCUCAUUUUGUUUAAUUUAUUCCUGCGUUUGCAUCAUGGUGUCAUUUUUCAUUUAGGCCUUCUCAACCUGUUUUUCCAGGACCCAUCAGCUACCUUGAUGACGUUCCCUUUAAAAUCAACAAUAAGUUCCGCUGCCCUGCCAAAGUGGGCCUUCCUGUUGGCUUCUGCCUGCCUGACUGUGGCUCUGUGCUCGCAGACCUGCAGGUAAGUCUUCGGACUUAUGGCAAUGUUGCAUUAAGCGUUUCAAUGACUGUGAUGCUUGGUGGUGAUUUUUAUUGCAUCCCCGUAAUAUUAGUCUGUAUUAGGGGGGCACCUCUGUAAAUAUUGAAAUGUCUUGGUCCAAUCCAUCCCAUUAUUUGUUGGGCACUGAGCUGUGUCAUUUGAACCCUGGUUGCAUCAGUAAUGUGGACAUACCCAUCAGACCUAACUCACCUGGGUUGAUUAAUCUCCAUUCCUUUAGUCCCGUGUCUACUGCUGCUCACUAACUAGUCCUGCUGGUUGUCUCUCUUCUCUGGGCACUGCAGUAUGACUUCUCCCUGGAGAGGCGGAGUGUGCGCUGGGGGGUGGAGCUGGCCGAGGCCAGGGCGGCGGAGGUCCGAGCUGGAGAGACGGCCAGGACGGAGCUGGAGAGCAGGGAGCACUCGCCCCCCGCCCAGGACCCUGACGGAGGAUUGGCCGGCGGGGGGAAGAGGCCCCGCCCCGCCGAGGAGCAGGACGCUCUCCCGCCUGCAAUGAACCCGCUGAUGGCCGCCCUGCGCCACAACGCUAUCCUCACCCCGCUGCCCGCCCCCGCCAGGCAGAACGCUCCUAGCAUCCCUGAGCCACAGUACCUUAACCUGGCUGACUUUGAGCGCGAGGAGGACCCCUUUGACAAGCUGGAGCUCAAGACACUGGACGAUAGGGAGGAGCUGCGCAACAUCCUCCAGAGCCAGCAGCAGUCUGAGGAACCCCAGCCCGAGCCGGCAUCACGAGGCAGCACCCCUCCACCCCAGCUCUCCGCCACCAGCCUUCCGGCCAAAACGGCCUUUGCCCACAAACCCAACGGACUGGUGGCGCUACUGGACAUGGACACAGUGGGGGGUAUGGCCCAGGGACAGACAAUGGAUCCCGACCGGCCCUGCAACAUCCGCUCGCUCACCUUCCCCAAGCUGUCGGACCCCGGGGACUUGUCAUGUGACUCCUACUCUCCAGCCCCUGUACCACCUAGCCUAUCCAACGGCAGCCCACCGGCACCCCAGCAGAAGACCGAGGAGCCACCCAGGCACACCCAACAUGGGGCACCAAAUCAGGUGAUCUUACACACACAUACACACACACACACAAAGUGUAGUGGGCCUUGCUUAGUUUCAAUGACUAAAUGUAUUGCUUAAUUCUUUCAAACUUCUGAAAAGUUUAGAAGUUUUGUGGACCAGAAUAAUAGGCUUUUUUUGGACUCUUAAACAGAUAUGAUGCUUUAAAAACUCUCUCUCUCUCUCUGCAUAGAUAAAUGCAGGUCCUCCCCCUCUCUCGUGCGGAGCGGCGCUGCUCAACUUGUCCCCCAGUGGGCGGCAAUGUGUGGAGACCGUCGUGGCCAUGGGCUACACCUACGAAGGGGUCCUGCGGGCCAUGCAGAGGCAAGGCCAGAAUGUGGAGCAGGUAUGCCCCUCUGCUCUCCCUCAUCCCUGCCACAGAAGCCUAGGCCCGUUUUCUCUACGCAGAUCUCUUAUAAAGAAAUGUUCGAUUUGAUUCUGUGAUGUCACCCACUCACUGCUUAUUGCGCCCGAAGAAUUCUCUGUGUGUCAUGGAUGACUGAAGUCAUCAGGUGCCAGCAUUAUGUGAUUGUCUGUGUUCACAAGAAGGUCCACCAGGCAACAAGAUGAGGAUGGUGGUUGUGAAUAAAUGAAUUGCAAAACACACCAUCCACCGCCUUGGUUUAAUGCCUCAACACUAUGAUUGCAUUGCAGUGAAUGAUUACAGUAAUACUGUAGGAGACACUCGUUAGGGGCUUGUUAACUGUGAAUAAACAUUGGCUAACAAUGUAAUGACACACAGUGGUAGUUGAUAUGUUUGCCAGUUAGCUUUGUUGGCUACCUAAAUGACUCAAAUUGAAAAAUUUAUCCUCAAGCAUCACGCAAGUACAAUAUUUUAUCAUGUGAAUUUAGCUAUCCCUCUAAUCAACAAAGAAUAUUAAUGUAUUUCUAUUAAAUUCCAACAGUAGCUAUUUCAUGAAUUUUGUCAUUGGAAGGAAUCUUGGAGGUGAAUUUGGUCACCAUCAUAUUUGCAGUCAUAAUUAUCUUUCUCUCGGCUUGUAACACCACCUAGCAGAUAAACAGUUUGGAAUUGCACAUGAAGCCCACACCUAAAGAUCAACUUUGUCUGUCAUCCUGUGACCCAGGUGCUGGAGUACCUGUUUACUCAUGCGCGUCUUUGUGAGCGGGGAUUUGAGCCCAGUGCCGUAGAGGAGUGCUUAGAGAUGUACCAGUGCUCUGAAGAGAAGGUGAGUCCACCCACAGUCUCUACCAUCACAUACACUGAUAUGCAUGUUUAUACACAUUAACUCAACAUGCAGAAUCAAAGACGCAGCUAGGACCGCUAGCUAACUCCAUUAUCUCUGAUGAUCAAACACAGAAAUGUUGAGUGGCCUAAGGUAGGGUUCACUUCCAGUUUUCCCUGUACUUAAAUACACCAAGCAUGUGCCGCUCUCCUCCCUCCACCUUUCUUCUCAAAUGUGUGGCGGUCUCGGGAAAUCCUUCAUAUCGUGAAAUUGACUAUUUCUGAAAAUUACAAACUGUCCCAAAUCCAGAUAUUCGUAAAUCACUGAUGUCUUUUAUCAGACUCUGAGUUGUGAGCUUUUUAAAAUUGACUUCAGCCAAAAUAAAAUUAAAAGUAUUGGUAGCCAUUUGAUUAGCAAGUCAAGGGUUGUGAAUACCUUCUGAAGGCACUGAGUAUACCAAACAUUGCACUGUAGAGGCAAGUAAAAUAGUACAGUACUAGUGUGCAAAAGCAAAUAAAGUGACAGGGUAGUGUCGUGUGACUGCGACCUGGUGUUGUUGAAGGCCCGGAUGGCAGUGGGCAAGAAGGUUUGAAUUCAUAUUGAUAUUAAUUCAUUUGACUCUCUCUCUCUGACAAACACACAGAUCUCUAACACACACAAACCACUAGGUCAUCAUUCUUACCUUAGUCGAGUGCUCCAUGGUGAAGCCCGCCUUGGAUCCAGCGCUGGCCACCAUAUCCAUGAGGCUGCCCAUUCCCUUCACCAUCUUGCCUUGAGACUGAUUUUAUCAGUCUUUAUUUAUUUGCGUCCAUAUUAAAGUAGAUAGUCAUGGAGACCCAAAUGUUGAGACCAUGCAAAGUAAUCAUUGAUUAGAGGUAAUUUGGAGCUCAAAGUAAUGACAACUAACUAGCUAAAUCAAACAAAAUGCAACAUCGCUAUUUAUCUGAGAAGUCCGCUGUCAGCUUCAACGAUGAUUGAUGACUAAUUGGAAAACGGGAAGACUGCGUUUGCUACUACUAGGCUGAAAGGAGCCCAAUCCCAAUUUGCACCCCUUCUCGCCUGUGCGCUCGUUCCCAACACCUCAAUGAUUUAAAGCAGCGGCUCAAAAUGACAUGGCUAACGAAUGACAGCAAGAUGCUUCCAACAAGUUUAGGAUAGGGAUUUGAUUGCAUUGCUACCUUAAAAUAAAAUCAGAACUGCAGAAAUGACUGCAAUACUGUUAAUAUAUUUAGUAUAAUUGUUCAUGUCAUUUUGGCGAGCUGAUAGGCCUACAUGCUGAUCAAGCAACAUCAGAAGGAAGUGUGAAGCUCUUUUAUGAACGUUAGCGCCUGCGUACGGCUACUUGUAGGCAAAAUGAAAAUCCAACCCACAUGUAUUCAUAACUACAUUGUUGAUUGUAAAUGAUAACUUUAUAUUACUAACUAGAUAGCUUAUUAUUCUGUCUAAUCCAGCCUAAUUUCAUUGAUCUGUUCGGGUUCCUUGCAAAUGUUUUUUUUUAAACAAUCCAUUUAUCUGAUUUUUCAAGUUAAAUUGUACAGAAACAAUCCGUAACAAGAAUUCCCAAUUACAAUGUAUGUUUUUCAUGAUUUCCUCAGUCCUUAGAGUUCCUGUCGUUGAUGACGCGGUUUGGCGAGAUGGGCUUUGAAAGGGACACCAUCAAGGAGGUGCUGCUGGUGCACAACAAUGACCAGGAAAAGGCUCUGGAGGACCUCAUGUCCCGCGCCACAGCCAGCUGA